CCGCGCCAGAUCCCCAUUCAGUUAUUGAUCUGGAUCACCUGCAAAAUGGUCGUUUAGAAAAAAAAAAUCAUUUUUGCGAUGGGGUCCUAUCAGUUUUAUUUAGUUCUGCUCUGUUUUAUAUGGUCCUUCACGGAUGCGUUUUUCGCCAGUGAUGUACCGAAAUUAGUAUCAAGGCGAUAUGGUUCACAAGCGAGGAUCAACCAAUUGAAGUAUGGGGGAGGUGUUAAGGGAGCAGCAAAAGGUGGUACAAAAGGUGGCACCAAAGGCAACACCAAAAGUUCGAACUUAUACGCCAAACGAACUGCUGGAUCGGUUUAUGAAGGAGGUUGUACGGCACCUCCAGAGAAACCUCCAAAUGCAAAGCUGCGUUGUUCGUUCUACAGCGGGUGUUCUCUUUCUUGCGAAAGAGGCUAUACCCUUCCUGGAGGUGCCUAUGCUGUGUACAUCAUGUGCGAAAAUGGAAAAUGGGUGUCACAAGAUAGCGGAUCAUCUGAACUGCCUUCUUGUCAACCCGAAUGUUCACCACCUUGUCAAAACCAAGGUAUCUGUGUCGCACCAGAUCAAUGCAGUUGCCCAGAUCAGUUUUCAGGACCUCAGUGCCAAUUCCAAAAUAAACCAUGCCUGGAAUUGCCACCGAUGCCACAGAAUUCUAGAAGAUCCUGCAGGACAAAGCAAGAUUACUGUACGGUGAAAUGUCUUCCGGGUCAUGAAUUCCCAGAUGGUUCUGCUGUAGCCACUCUAACUUGCAAAAAUGGUUUAUGGGUCCCAGGAAGGAAUGACUGGGUGACAAUUCCAGACUGUCAAGCAACCUGUGAUCCCCCUUGUCAAAACGGUGGUGUCUGCCUGUCUUUGAACGUGUGCCAAUGUCCUCAAGAUUUCAGGGGCCCACAAUGUCAAUACAAUCUGGAUGCAUGUGCUAGUGGUAAGCUCAAUUUCAACGGUGGCUUCAGAUGUUCAGGAGAUGCCGAUCAGUUCAGCUGUUCUGACUUGUUUUGUGCUGAUGGCAUGAAGUUGUCUCAUGAUCCCGCACCAGCUUAUACCUGUAAAUACUCAGAGGGCGUUUUUCAACCUUCAGAUGUUCCAACUUGUGUUUCGACUGAUCCAAACAUUAAUUACACUGUCAUUCAACACUCAUCAUCUUCUCACUAUGUAGAAAGUGGUUCUCCUGAAUACGAAUUUUCAUAUGAAGAGUCUGAGCAAUCUGAGCACAGCGGUCAAUCAUCAGCCGAUUCUACAGCUGUUGUUAUAGAGACCAAGCUACCCACCCCUGGUAUUUGCUACACCUGGGGGGCAGUUCACUACAAAACCUUCGAUGAUAGAAUCUAUAGCUUCGAUUCAGAAUGCGCCUACAUCCUUGUUCAGGACUCCGUUGACAACACCUUCAGCAUAAAUGUUAGGAAUUCAGAUUCCUGCUAUUCAAACGGAACAGAAUGUUACAGGAUGUUGGAUAUUUAUAUUCAAGGAAGAGAUUACAAAUUGAACAUCACAGAUGAUGGUCUACCUCUUUUGACUCAGGGUGAUACUGUCCUACCCAUUCCUGGACAAGCAGUGGGUAUCAGAACAGAAACAACCGCCAGAUACAUUAAUGUUAUGUUGGAUUCCGUUGGAAUAUCUGUUAAAUGGGACGGAAAGACAUUUAUCCAAGUUGAAGCAAAGGAAAGCCUUUGGAACAGAACGGAAGGGUUGUGUGGUAACUUGGAUGGAAAUCCUGACAAUGAUAUUGUCACUAAAAAUGGACGAAGGACUAAAAAUAUAGUUAACUCGGCUGCUAGCUGGCAAGUAGAUAACAUAGGAGCACACUGCACUUCUAGCCCAAUGGAAAAACGAGAAUGUCCUGACAGUGGAGUGAAAGGUUCCUUAGGAAGUGAAGCAAAGAGUUUUUGUGCCAAACUCCUAUCAGACAGCAGAUUCACCUCUUGUAGCAAAGUGCUGGAUAGAUCGCUUCUUAUGGAAGCUUGCACAUGGGACUACUGCAAUUGCCAGAGUGAAGACAAGUCUGAUUGUGCUUGCGAUACCAUGAACGUGUAUAUAACCGAAUGCAAACAUGAAGGGAUGACAACAGUCACAAACUGGAGGAAUGAAGAGAUAUGCCCUAUGAAAUGUACCGGUGGAAGAGUAUACAAGGCUUGCGGACCUUCAAAAGGUCAUCCAGUCUGCGGUGCCAGCAAGACCAAUCUAGCUGAAGACCCAAAAACUUGCGAAGAAGGAUGCUUCUGUCCAGAAGGAAAGGUUUUGCAUAACGGAGAGUGCAUUUCUGAGAGCGAAUGCCCUUGCAGGUUGAGAAAGAAAGAAUUCCCAGCUGGUGCCUCAGUUCCAAAAGAUUGCAACACGUGCACUUGUCAAAAUGGUCAUUGGGUUUGUACUCAGGUAUCCUGUGGCGCUAGGUGCUCAGCUAUUGGCGAUCCUCACUAUACAACUUUUGACGGCAAGAAAUUCGAUUUCAUGGGACAAUGCUCUUAUUAUUUGCUUGAAGCGAAUAAUGUUUCUGUGGAAACUGAGAAUGUUGCAUGCCCUGGAGCGAUAUCAGAGUUGAUGGGCUUCACCAAGAUUGCUACGUCAGAGUUACCCUCUUGUACGAAAACAGCAACAAUAAGAGUGAACGGUUCCUUGUCUAUUAAGCUUGGACAGAAUCAUCAGGUUGUUGUGAAUGGUCAGGAAGUCACUAAACUACCUGUAGAGACUGCUGGUAUCAAGAUCAGGAUUGUAUCUUCCAUAUUUUUACAAGUCCUUCUGCCUAAUGGUAUCGAUAUAUGGUGGGACGGAGUAAGUAGGUUGUAUAUAGACGUACCAGCCACUUUGAAAGACCAAACGAAGGGUCUUUGUGGUACUUUCAAUCAGAACCAGAAAGAUGAUUUCUUAACACCAGAAGGCGAUAUUGAACAGUCUGCCAUUUCAUUCGCCAAUAAGUGGAAAACUCAUGAAGCCUGCUCCAACAUGCCGAACAUAGUACCUUCUCAUCCUUGCGAUGUUAACAUGCACAGGAAGGCAGAGGCUGAAAAAGUCUGUUCGACCAUAAAAUCCGAAAUUUUCGCAGACUGCUAUUUCUAUGUGGAUCCUGAUCAGUACUACUCAGACUGCUUGUACGAUAUGUGCUCUUGUCAAGGAGACGUAAGUGGUUUAGCCCAAAUAAUUAAAUCUUCACCUAACAAUUUUUUUUUCAAGAUGAGGAAAUGUUUGUGUACCAUCAUCUCAUCGUACGCCCACGAGUGCGCCAACAAAGGCAUCAACGUUAACUGGAGAAGCAGUGUGAAAGAGUGUUCGAUCCAGUGUCCAGCAGGUCAAGAGUACCAAGUUUGUGGCGAUUCUUGCGCCAGAAGUUGCUAUGAUAUUUCCACCAACACGCUGUGUAAGAAGCAAUGCGUCGAAGGCUGCAACUGUCCAGUGGGACAGGUCCUGGAUGACAACGGAGAAUGUAUACCAACCUCUCAAUGCAAAUGUUACUCCAACGGUUUGGUCUUCAAUCCGGGCUACAAAGAGAUCAGACGCAGUGAGAACAAACCUGAUUUAUGUACUUGCGUUAGUGGAGGAUGGAGCUGUACAGAGGCUACCAUCGAGGAAAUAAAGCUUUAUCCAGAUGCAGCAGACUUGAGAACUAUGUGCAAUUCUAGUCUUCACAUGGAAUUCACCAGUUGUGAACCAGCCGAGCCCAUAACUUGUAAGAAUAUGGAUUCCUAUGAACUCAGUACACCAGCUAUAUGCCAUGCUGGCUGUCAAUGUAAGAAAGGAUAUGUAUUGGAUCCAACCACCAAACAAUGCAUCAAACCUUCAGACUGUCCAUGCCAUCAUGGUGGCAAAAGUUAUAAGGAAAACGAAGUAGUCCAAAACGAUUGUAACACAUGUACAUGCAAAGUUGGCAAAUGGAGUUGUACCGAUAGGCAGUGCGCAGCGGAAUGUAGUGCCUGGGGUGAUUCUCACUACAAGACCUUCGAUGGAAAGCACUACGAUUACCAAGGCCAAUGCGAUUACGUCCUCGCCAAAGGUGCUCUUGGGGAUCAAGCAGCUUUUGACGUAUCGAUUCAGAACAUCCCUUGUGGUACAUUAGGCACCACUUGUUCUAAAUCAGUCACCAUCAGAGUGAGCGUCUCGAAUGUCACUGAAACUCUCACUUUGGACAAGGGAAAACCUCUACCAAAACCUAAAACUCUGAGCACUUUGACUGUAAGAGAGAUCGGUUUAUACGCCAUUGUCGAAGCACCUUAUCUCGGCUUGACUAUAAGAUGGGAUAAAGGUACAAGAGUUUAUGUCAGGUUGAACCCUAAAUGGAAGAACCAGGUUAAAGGAUUAUGUGGUAACUACAAUGAUAAUGAACUCGAUGAUUUCCAAACACCUUCUGGAGGAAUGACUGAGGUAUCACCAUAUGCGUUUGGAGAUUCCUGGAAAAUGGAACCAAACUGCCCAGAAACUCAACAAAUUACUGACACAUGCAAGGAGAAGCCUGAAAGGAGGGUAUGGGCUGUGAAAAAGUGUGGCGUGCUUAAGUCAUCAAUAUUCGCGCCAUGUCACUCUGAAGUUCCAAUAGACAGUUUCUACGACAAGUGCUUAUUCGAUGCUUGUGGUUGCGAUCAAGGUGGCGACUGUGAAUGUCUUUGCACAGCUCUGGCAGCUUACGCUCAAGAAUGUAACAACAGAGGAGUUCCAAUUCACUGGAGAUCACAAGAACUUUGCCCAAUUCAAUGCGAUGAACGCUGCUCAAUAUACAAACCAUGCAUAUCAACAUGCCUCGUGGAAACCUGCGAUAACAUCUAUACCAGGGGAAAAAUCAGUGCUACAUGCGUUGAAGACACUUGCGUCGAAGGUUGUGAGUUCAAACCAUGCCCUCAAGGACAGGUCUUCUUCAAUUCUUCGUACGAUAGGUGCAUACCUGCGAGUGAAUGCAAACCAGUUUGUAUGGAAAUCAAUGGUAUCACAUACUUGGAGGGAGAUGUGAUAGAAGAAGACGAUUGUCACACCUGCUACUGCUCUAGGGGACAGAAGAACUGCAAGGGAAAACCUUGUACAGAAAUACCCACCACAACUACAGAGUUUAUAACUGUUGCACCGGAAGAUCAGAAGCAGAAAUGUAUCUCUGGGUGGACAGAGUGGAUAAACCAGAAUCCUUUGACUGUGAAGAAAGGAAUAAACAAGAGACCACUAGAAAAAGAACCGUUACCAACUUCCAUUGUUUUGAACCAAUUGACUGGAGGUGCGAAAUGUCCCAUAAACAUGAUGACAGACAUAAGAUGCAGAACUGUUGACAAGAAAAUAUCAGCGAAAGAUACUGGACUAGACGCGGAGUGCAGCUUAGAAAGGGGAUUGGUUUGCAAAGCCUCAAAGAAAGGAUCUGGCUGUCCUGACUUCGAGAUUCAAGUUUAUUGCCAAUGUGGUGGAACUACGACUACAGAAGCAGAAACAACUGUUGGAACAUCGACCACAAUUAGAACGGUGGCACCAGAGGAGGAGGAGGAAGAAGUAACAUCAACGUCUAGGAUCACUACAACAACUCAAUCUCAAUGUAGUUUACUGGAGGCGAAAAAGGUUGAUGCAGAAGAUUGUCACAAAUACUACGUGUGUACCGAUGGUCCAAAUGGAGCCAAGUAUCUUCCACAAACAUGUGGAAGUAUAAUGAUGUUCAACCCUAAGACCAAGAGUUGCGAUCUGAUUGAUGUUGUAGUAUCUCUCCGACCAGAGUGUGUUGAAACCACCACGGGCACCCCAUCAACAGCAGCCACGAAAACGGUAACUUAUGGUUUCGAAAUCGAGACAUCAAAACCAGAGACCAAAACAGAAAUAUCGAACAUUAUCAUCACUGCCAAACCGCAAUGUAGUUCAGAAACUCCCAAUAAACCUCACGAUGUUGACUGUCAUAAGUUCUUCGCUUGUGAAAAUGGUCCCGAUGGAGCAGAAUAUGUCGAACAAACGUGUAGAGGUAACACCAUGUAUAAUCCGAAAACUUUCAGUUGUGAUCGCGUCGUCGUGGUGACUGCUAUAAGACCCGAAUGUGAAGCUCAAACUACAUCUACUGAAGCCAGCACGACAAUCAGGAAGCAAACAGAGGCCACCACAACUGAAAGCCCAACUGAAAUUAUUGAUGUAAUUAUCACUGGAAAGCCAGAAUGUAACCCUGAAACUCCAAACAAAGAGCACCAAACAGAUUGUCACAAGUUCUACGUUUGCAAUAACGGUGCAAAUGGUGCUGAGUACAUCGAACAGACAUGUGGAAGUACCAUGAUGUAUAACCCGAAGACUCUAACUUGUGACUUCGCCAAUGUUGUAUCAUCUAUUAGACCAGAGUGUGCUGUAUCAACAACAUUAGCAACAACAACAGAAGAAGAAGAAGACGAAGAGGAGGAAGAUGACGAAGAGUCACGAAUUUUACCAUUUGAAGAUUUCCAAACCAUACGUCCUAAAGUGAAGACUACCAGCUAUCCUUUACCAGAAGGUAGUACCGAGACAGGGUUCUUUAUCAUCACAUCGAAUCCUGAAUGUAGUGCUGAGACACCAAAUCAGCCACACGAAAGCAACUGCCAUAAGUUCUACGUAUGCCAUAAUGGACCUAAAGGGCCAGAAUAUAUCGAACAAACUUGUGGGAAAUCCCUAUUGUACAAUAAAGAAACCAAGAGGUGUGACAAUAAGAAUGUGGUGAAAGUGUUAAGACCAGAAUGUGUCAAACAAACGAAUUUCGAAGAAGACGAGAUCGAAAUAUUCACAGAGGCGGAAGCAUCUUCAACAACGUCGACUGAAAUAAAAACAUGGACAGAAGGACAAACAACAACCAAGUCACCGGCAGAGCUCAACAAGGUCACCUUACCAGUUUCUACCACUAUAUCAUCAACAGCAAUCACAGGGCACCCUGAGUGUGAUUAUCAGACUCUAAACAGACCACACGAAGAGGACUGCAGAAAGUUCUACAUUUGUCAGAACGGGCCAGAUGGUCCUAAAUACGUGGAAGAAAAUUGCGAAGGACCUACGUUGUACAACCCACACACCUUCAGCUGUGACAGAGUAGACGUUGUUUUACCAUUAAGACCAGAGUGUGACACACGUUGUCCACCUGGACUAAGAUUCAGGGAGUGUGCAAUAAAUUGCAAGGACUUGUGCAUGCUCUACAAAGGCAAGCUCGAGAAGCAAGGAAUGUGCUAUGAUGAGUGCGAACCAGGUUGUGUCACUCAGGAUGUAUACGAUAUGUUGGAAAACAAGGAAUGUGUUGGUAAGAACAAGUGGGCAAACAAUUCAACUUGCGUAAGCAUCCAAGACUGCAUGUGUAUGUCACACGAUGGUAAACCGGUGAAGCCUGGUGCUGUGUACGUGGAGGAUGGCUGCAAAGUUUGCCAGUGUAUACAAAACUACUACACUUGUGACGAUUCACAAUGUGCAACAACAACUGAAGAAAUAACAGAGGAAGAAACUCGACCAGCAACUCUAUCUGAAACUACAUCAACAAAAACGUCAACAGGAAGUACAGAAGGACAGACUGUGACAACAGUAACAGCACCCUCAACUACCAAUAAUCCGUUUAUAGUUGCCAUAAACACAAUCACACCUGCACCACCCUGCGAUCAGAGUUACGUGUCGCUCCUAACCCAAAACCUACCUGAUGAAUCUUUCUACGCUAGUAGCAGCAAAAAUAACAAGACUUUGCCCAAAGAAGCAAGGUUCAACAAUAAAGUCAGCGGUUGGUCACCCUCUCCGUCAGAAAAACAACCUUAUUUAAUUAUCGAUCUAUUGAAUGAGCAACCUGUUUACGGCGUCCAAAUCAAGGGUAAUCCCAAGAAGGAUGAAUACGUCACCAGUUACGAAGUGUUCCAUAGUAAUGAUGGAACAGUUUUCUCCCCAGUCGUCCGUUACUUCCUUCUGCCCGUAAGGUUCAGAGGGUCUGUAGAUGGAAAUACUCCAGCGGUCCAGAAGUUCCAUAAUCCAUUUGAGGCUAGGUAUCUGAAGAUCAUACCUAUCACUUGGCACAACAACAUAUCGCUGAGAGUUGACGCCAUUGGAUGUGGGCAAGAAACGACCACUACCUUAAGCAGUUCCGAAGCUCCUGAGAUCACAACCACAAUGGCCCCUCCAAUAUGCACAGACGAGUUAGGAUCUGCAACGCAUCCAUUGUCAGAAGACCAAAUUACUGUCAGCUCUUCCAAAGAUGUAGAUCAAACGAAAUCCACACCGAAAUCACAAGUAUGGCAGCCCUUGGUCAACUCACCAUCAGAAUGGAUUCAGUUUAACUUCUUGGAGCCUCGCAACCUCACCGGUUUCAACACCCAAGGGGGCAAGGAUGGCUGGGUUGAAGCUGUCAAAGUCAAAUAUUCCCAUGAUGGAAAGCAGUGGAACCCGGUAUUGAACAAAAACUCGCGAGAAGUUGUGUUCCCAGCUAACUAUGACAAGAGUUCGAAAGCUACAAACUACCUCACACGGCCUAUUCAAGCUCAGUACAUCAGGUUGUACCCUGUGAAAUGGCACGGAACUAUCCAAAUGAAGACUGAGAUCAUUGGUUGCUACAAACCAUAUCCUACAGUCACCACAACCUCCACAACCACGUUGGGAACCAGUAGACCAACGGAACAGACAACUACAAUCGGUAGGAUUACUAAGCCUUCAACGAAUGCUGUAUCUUCAACCGUCGGUACAGAAGGAACUACAGCUGGCACAACCCAAGAAACCAUUAAGCCUUGCAAUUACUGCCCUGGAGUACCAUCUUCUAAUAUCGAAUUGGAUGCUUGCGAAUGUGGUUCUAACUUGUGGUGGAAUGGUACGGGUUGCACACCUCGGCCUUUGUGUCCAUGUGCUUGGGAUUCAUUCAUUUUACCAGUUGGAAAACUGUUCAACAAAGAGGACUGCAGCGAGUGCAUAUGCAAAAUUGGUGGUGUAAUAGAUUGCGAAGAGAAAAUAUGCGGUAGAUGUAGAAAGGGUCUGAAAAGUAUAGUGACACAAAAUUGCGACUGUGGAUGCGAACCUUGCCCUGUAGGACAAAGACUCUGCCCAACCUCCAACAUAUGCAUCGACGAGGAAAAAUGGUGCGAUGGAAUCAACCAAUGCCCUGAUGAUGAGACUGACUGCGAAACAACUUCAGUUUACGAAAUCACAGCUAAACCAAAACCCAUCAGACCAACUGAUAAAGAAAACGUUUGCCCUGUGGUGAACUGUCCACCAAACUUCAAAAAAGUUGCUGUUAGACCAAAAUAUAACAGAUAUUCCUCAUCGAGAUUCACGAGUAUCAAGGGAAAAAGGACAGGAAUCAAAGGUGUGAAGGGUGGAAGAGUUAAAGGAGGUGUGAAGGGAGGAGUUAAAGGAGGAGUGAAAGGUGGAGUGAAAGCGCCUUAUACCUUAUCCAGUCCAUCGACUAAAACACCAGAAUGUGUACAGUACAAAUGUGUGCAUAAUAGGUUACCCCCACCUUAUAUAAAUAGCACUAAGGAGUGCAAGGAGGAAGAUUGUCCUCCUGGGUAUGAGAAAGCUGAUGAAGUAAUGGUUGAUGUUGGUCAAGAUAAAAGAUGCCCUGUAUUGGUAUGUUCUCCGCUGCCAGUUCCUGAUGCCGUUUGUAACGUAACAGGAAAAACGUUCAACACUUUUGAUGGUACAGAAUUCAAAUAUGACAUUUGCGACCACGUGAUAGCUCGGGACUUGGAACACGAUGAUUGGGCUGUGAUACUAUCCAAAGAAUGUGCUGAGACUUGUAGUCGAGACCUACACAUCUAUAUCCAGAGUGACCAUUUCAUUUUCCACCCCGAUUUAACAGUUGACUACAACGGCUAUACCUACACGAUGAACCAACUCACCAAGAUAUCCAAACAGUCCAAGCAGUUCACCAUCUCUAAGGUCGGCAACGUCAUUGCCUUUACGUCUCUACCACACGGAUUCUGGAUAGAAUGGAAUUCUGAUAGUAACGUUAAGUUGGGAGUAGUACAUUCUUUAAUACAGAAGGUGGAUGGUUUGUGUGGAUUCUUCGAUCAGAAUAUAAACAAUGACAAACGAAAACCAAACGGAGUACAGGCAAGAACCACCAGAGAAUUCGGCGAUAGCUGGUCUACGACUAACGAGACAAGACCUGCUUGCAAGAUAAACGCUUGCCCUGCGGACAUUCAAAACGAAGCUUGGAAACUCUGCAAUUCCGUGAGGGAUGAUUACCUCCAUGCUUGCUCUGACUCAGUAAACAUCGACGCUUCAGUAUCUAGAUGCUUAGACACUGCCUGCGACUGCCUUAUGUCUUCUACGAAAGAGAACAACACCAACACAAACAGAUGCAAGUGUGAUUUGUUGCAAUCUUUCGUGGUGGAAUGCUUGACCGUCAAUCCAAAUGUAGAAAUUUCUGGAUGGAGAGGACAGUACGACUGCCCGAGCAAAUGCGAAGCGCCACUGAUCUACAAGGACUGCUUCCAAAGGGAAUGCGAACCGACUUGCGAGUCUCUUAGUGAUCCAUCCUUAUGUCCCAAAGUCGAACACGCUUGUUACCCUGGAUGCUACUGUCCUGAAGAGUUGGUUAGGAAAGGUGAUCAAUGCAUAAAACCAACCGAGUGUAGGGAUUGCGAAUGUAAGGCCACUGGAAAGCUUGACUUCUUGACUUACGAUGAGACCAACUUCACAAUCUCUGGUAAUUGCGUCUACGUUCUUACAAGGGACCAGCUCAGCGAUAAACAGAAUAAACACAAUUUCCAGGUUCUCUUGACGAAUAGUCCUUGUCAAAACAAAACUAAUAGGACAUGUAUCAAGAAAGUCACAGUACUGUACAAAGAACAUCAAAUAGUUGUUUUCAAUGAUGAAACAGAGAAAUCUAUCCAGAUUGUCCUAGAUUCAGAAAAACUUGACCCCAAGGACUUGGAGCAAAACACCGAUUGGAUGAAGAUCAAACAGAACCCUGAUAUGUUGAACCUUCUUUUCCCAGCUGAUCAGUUAGAGGUGAAUAUCAAAUCUCCCCAUUUGGGAGUUACCGUCAAAGUACCAUCAUAUAAGUACAGCGGGAAAUUGGAAGGUUUAUGUGGGGACUGCGAUAAACAACCGGAAAAUGAUCUACGGGUACCAAAUGGAACAGUUACAUCCGACGUUGAAGAUUUCGGUUUAAGCUGGCUGUAUGACGGUCUUCCAGAGAAGCAAAGUCGAGAAAAAUGCAAGAUCAAACCAGAAGAAGUGUGCAAACCUCUUCCAAACAGCCAUAAUCCUUGUAUUCAUCUGUUGGACACCACUGUCUUUGGAGCUUGUCAUCCAGUUGUGGAUUACAGUAUCUAUAAGCAAUGGUGCGACAAGGAGACUUGCGAUACCGAAGAGGAAUAUGAUGAUGGUACAGUUUGUGGUAUCAUUGAUUCUUACGCGAAAGCUUGUGCUAAAGAGGGUAUUUGUGUGGACUGGCACUUCGAUCUUUGUCCGAGAGCGAACUGUACAGCCGACAAAGUUUAUUCAGCAUGUGGCACCACAUGUACGAAGACCUGUGAGAAUAUUAACUUGAAAGAAACCACCUGCGUCUCGGAAAUCAUCGAAGGAUGCUUCUGUCCUGAAGGAAAGGUCCUCAAAGAUGGUAUUUGUGUUGAUGAAAGGGAAUGUAUCUAUUGUGACGACCAGGGACAUCAUCCUGAUGAUGAAUGGGUUGUAGAUAUUUGCACAAAUUGUACAUGCAAAGGAACGAGUGUCGUAUGUCAGAAGACUGAAUGUCCAGCUGUAGAAACAAUAUGCGAACAAGGAUUCACACCAGUGAAAGUGAUGUCCAAAACCAGGGAAUGCUGCGAUAAAUAUACAUGUGUGCCAGUAUCGACAACUACCCAGGAACCAACUUGCCCAACACCCCAACCGGUAUCUUGUGGUGAAGACAAGGUGGCCAAACUUGCGAAAAAAGACGAUGGUUGCUACCAGAACAUCUGCGAAUGUAUACCAAGAGACGAAUGUAAAUCUAUCGAUAUAACCACACCCGUACCCUUGGAGGAUGGUGUGGUGAAGGUAGUGGAUGAAAGCGAUUGCUGUCCGAAGAUUCAGACCAUCUGUAAGCCGGAGACAUGCUCAGAACCACCGAAAUGUCAAGAAUUUUACGAAGUGAAAACAGAGAAGGACGUCAACAAGUGUUGCCCUGUAUACACUUGCCUACCACCAACUGAUAAGUGCAUAUUCGAAAAUUCAUUUAUUGCUGCUAAGGAGGGUGGGGAACGACCAAGGACUGCUGAAGAAAAACAGAAGUUCUUGAAGAAUGCCAAUGAAACUUGGACUGAUGGUCCGUGCCAUACCUGCCAAUGUCAAGUUACAUCCAAAGGAGACUACCAAACAGUUUGCACAGUUAAACAAUGUCCAAGCCUUGAAAAAUCAACCGAUUACGCUGAUUAUGUGCUAGAGUCCCAACUUGUUUACAACCAAUGCUGCUCCAAAUUCGUGAGGACAGCCUGUAAAGUUAACGGAAAGAUCCAUAACCUAGGCGAUGAAUGGGUUGAAGGAGAUGACUACUGUACCCUUCAUAAAUGUGCCAAUAACACAGACGGCGACAUAGUUAAGGAACUCCAAGUGACCAAAUGUGUGACAGAUUGUAAAUUGGGCUAUGAAUAUGAACCUGCCAAAGUGGAGUCGAAAGAAUGUUGUGGAAGCUGCAAAGCUGUGGCUUGCGUUGUAAACGAGACAGUCAGGAGAGAGGGUGAAGAAUGGAAAUCUCCAGAUUACUGCACCAACUAUAGGUGUUCGAUUGUGGAUGGAAAUAUGCAAGUAGAAGCGACCCAAACCACGUGCACCAAAUUAUCUCCUGAAAUACUGAAGAACUACGUGGUUAAUAUCACCAAGCAGGAGAAGCAAUGCUGCGAGACUACCGAAAUUGUUGCAUGUAAAUCAGAUGGAGGCAUCUAUCAAGUUGGUGACACUUGGACUGCUAGUGACAAUCCUUGCAAGAAUUUCGAGUGUUCAAGACUAGAUAAUACCAAAAUAGCCAUUGUUGAGUAUCUAACAAGCUGCAAUACAACCUGCCCUGAAGGGUUCACGUACAAGCCGGAAGACAGUUCCAGCGACAAAUGCUGUGGUAGCUGCUUACAGACCUCUUGCAUCAUCGAUGGACAAAUCAAAACUGUUGGAGAAGCUUGGAACUCAGAAGAUUACUGCAUCAAGUUCAGUUGUUUGAGUGUUAAUGGAUCGAUUCAAUUAGAAAAAGACUUCAUAAAAUGCGAAGAACCAUCCCCAGAAACUUUCGAGAAGUUUGUGGUAGAGACUGUAAAAGUACCUGGACAGUGCUGUAACAAGACGAAAACUGUGGCUUGCAAAGGAACUGACGGCUCCAUACAUAAGCCAGGAGAAACAUGGACGGUUGGAACUGAUUAUUGCAAGAGUUACAAGUGUGUGGAUUUCGAGAAAGGAGUUGCUGAAGCUAUCAGUACAACGGAAUGCAACAAAACAUGCCCUGAGGGCUAUAAAUAUACCGAACCUUCACCUUCUGAUAAAACUUGCUGCGGAAAAUGCGAACAAACAGCCUGUAUCAUCAACGGAACUGUUAGAAAUGUGGGAGAGGAGUGGAGUUCCCCUGAUAACUGUCACAAAUAUAAAUGUCAAAAUUCGAGUGGAGUGCUGCAAAUCUCUGGAACCAACAUCAUUUGCAAGCCUGUGCCAGAUGAUACCCUCAAACGUUUCGUGGUAGAAUCAACCGCUGUACCUGGAGAAUGUUGCAACAAAUCAGUCAUGGUGGCGUGCAAGGGUAAUAACCAGACAUACGGAGUUGGAGAGACGUGGAUCGAGGACAACAACUACUGCGUCAAAUUCGAAUGUGUAAAGGAAAACGAAGCGUUAGGUAUCAAGGAAUACGUGACUACUUGUAACACCACUUGUCCAUUAGGAUUCGAUUACGAACCAGCCGAUCCAGAAGAUGCCAAAUGUUGUGGUAACUGUAAGCAGUCUCAGUGUGUGGUGAAUGGAAGUCUAUGGGAAAUUGGUCAAGAGUGGCAGUCGGAGGAUCAUUGCGACAAGUAUAAAUGCAGCAAUGCUAGCGGAGUGAUUCAAGUGGUAUCACAGAAAACCAUAUGCCAACCUAUAUCAGCUAAUAUCCAGAGAGAAUUCGUCAUAAAGGAAGUACCUGUUCCAGGACAAUGCUGUCCAAUUUACAAAGAAGUAGCUUGCAAAGUUGGAAACGAGACAUACCAGAUUGGACAAGUAUGGCCAACAGAGGAUCUGUGCAAGAAUGUCACGUGUGUCAGAAACGAUCAAGGUGAUGUAAUCAAGCAGGACCUUAUCCAAACUUGCAACGAAAACUGCGAAGAGGGUUAUGAAUACAAACCAUCCACCGAUUCUUGCUGUGGUGUAUGCGUUCCAGUGGCCUGCGUAAUAGACGGUGAUCUUAAGAAACCUGGGGACACUUGGUCAACUCCUGAUGGAUGCACCAAUUUCACCUGUGAGAAGGAUGGUGGUCGUCUUAUAGUGACUGCGCAUACGGAACAAUGUCCAAGCUUAGCAGACUGCCCAUCUGACCACGUUUACAACGAUGGCUGCUGCAAGAGGUGUAAUAUGACAAGUUCUGAUCAACGACUUUGUGCCCUGGAGAGUAUUCCCUUGGACGAAACAAUUUCAAUGGUGAAAACAGAAAAUAUCUUGCAUGGAGUGUGCGAAAAUAAGCAACCAAUCGUAAACCUCACACAGUGCGUUGGUACUUGUGAGUCAUCUACUCUUUUCGACUCAAAAUUAGGAAAACAUACAUCGGUGUGCACCUGCUGUCAGGCGUUAGACUACAUCAAGAUUGCAGUUCCGAUGGACUGUGAUGAUGGUUAUAAAUACGAGAAGCACAUCCAAGCACCCUCAGUUUGUGGCUGUAACGGAUGCCAGGGUGGCUUGUCUAGACUGAUGCAGAGCCCCUCGAAAACGGGGGGUCGUAAGACUGGUACAAAAAACGUGAAGGGUAGGACGAAAAAACAAAUGUCCAUAGCAGACCCGUGAACUGAUUGAAUGUUGAGAUUUUUGUGUGUUGUAUAUGUUUAUUUGAUAUCGUUACUUAUUUAUUUUUAUUUGUUCAAUAAAUGUGUUGAUUGGCAAUUCAAAA